CAGGAAGAAGGGAAAGGCUGCAGAGCACAAGGACCAGCUCUCCAGGCUGAAGGACAGGGACCCCGAGUUUUACAAGUUCCUGCAGGAGAAUGACCGCAAGCUGCUGGACUUUGAUGCCUCGGACAGCUCAGAGGAGGAGGAGGCUCUGCACAGACCCCCUGACAUCCUGGAGGAAGCCAGUGACGAGGAUGAAGAUGAUGAGGACGAAGAGCAAGAAAAAGUCAAAAGGAAGAAAGUUUCCCUCAUCCGUGUGAGCUUGAAGAUGGUGGAGGAGUGGAAGAAAGCUGCCCAGAGGAAUCUCACCCCAAAGCUCUUCCAUGAGAUCACCCAGGCCUACAAGGCAGCUGUGGCCACCACCAAAGGGGACAGUGGUGGUGACCCCAGCAAGUUCCAGGUGACUGACACUGCAGUGUUCAACGCCUUGGUGUCCUUCUGUAUCCGGGACCUGUUCCACCACCUGCACAAGCUGCUGCUCCCCAAAGCCCCCAAGAACAAGCUCAAAAUGGUUCUCCCUUCCACCAGCCCCCUGUGGGGAAAGCUACGACUGGACAUCAAAGUUUAUCUUGGCUGUACCAUAAAGCUGCUGUCCUGCCUGACAGAGGCCUCAGUGGGUGCAGCAGUCCUGCAGCACGUCAACUCCACAGUCCCAUACUACCUGUCCUUCCCCAAGCAGUGCCGGGCCCUGCUCAAGCAAGCCAUCACUCUGUGGAGCACAGGGGAGGAGACAGUCAGGGUCCUGGCCUUCCUGGUACUGAACAAGAUCUGCAGGCACAAGAAGGAGGUUUACCUCAGCCCCCUGCUCAAGCAAAUGUACAUUGCCUUUGUGAAGAACUCCAGGUUCACCUCUCCCAACGUGCUGCCCAUGAUCAACUUCAUGCAGAGGACACUGACGGAGAUGCUGGCCCUGGACAGCGCCGCGUCCUACCAGCACAGCUUCAUCUACAUCCGCCAGCUGGCCAUCCACCUGCGCAGCGCCAUGACCCUCAGGAAGAAGGAGAACUUCCAGUCAGUGUAUAACUGGCAGUACAUCCACUGCCUGUACUUCUGGUGUCGAGUUCUCAGCACCAUCCACCCCAGUGAGGUCAUGGAGCCCCUCAUCUACCCCUUGACACAGGUCAUCAUUGGCUGCAUCAAGCUGGUGCCAACGUCUCGGUUCUACCCCCUGCGCAUGCACUGCAUCCGUGCCCUCACGCUGCUGUCGCAGAGCACCAGGACCUUCAUCCCCGUGCUGCCCUUCAUCCUGGAGGUUUUCCAGCAAGUGGAUUUCAACAAGAAGCCAGGACGGAUGAGUUCCAAGCCCAUCAACUUUGCUGUGAUCCUGAAGCUCUCCAAUGCCAACCUGCAGGAAAAGGCCUUCAGGGAUGGGCUCAUUGACCAGCUCUAUGACCUGCUGCUGGAGUAUCUGCAUGGCCAAGCCCACAGCAUUGGCUUCCCAGAGCUGGUUCUGCCCACUGUCAUCCAGCUGAAAUCCUUCCUGAAGGAAUGCAAGGUGGCCAACUACUGCAGGCCCAUGAGGCAGCUGCUGGAGAAGCUGCAGGAGAACUCAGCCCACAUCUGCAGCAGGAGGCAGAGAGUGACCUUUGGAGUGGCCAGCACGGCUGCUGUGGAGCAGUGGGAGAAGCAGCUGAAGGAGGAGGGGACGCCCCUGAGCAGGUAUUACACACAGUGGAAGAAGCUGAGGGAGAAGGAGAUCCAGCUGGAGAUCAGUGGCAAGGAAAGGCUGGAAGACUUGAACUUCCCAGAAAUCAAACGCAAGAGGCCGGAUGAGAGGAAGGAGGAGGAUAAGAAGGAAUUCAAGGAUCUCUUUGAGCUGGACAGUGACUCUGAAGAGGAGAAUGGUGGAUUCUCUGUGAAAGGGAAGGGCACGGCCUCAGAUGACAGCUCAGAAGCCAGCAGCAAGGAGUUUGGGGAGGAGGAUGAUGAUGAAGAAGGAAAUUACGAGGUGGAGGAGGACGAGGAGGAAGAGCUGGAAGAGGACAGCGAGGCAGAGGAGGAAGGCAGGGCAGGAGCCCAGGAUGCCCACGAUGCCCAGGGUGCCCAGGGUGCCCAGCAGAGGCGGAGCUGCCCCCGGGGCCUGUCCCGCUCGGACCUGCAGCAGCUGGCACAGGGAGGGGAGGACCUGGUGCAGGACCUGGAGUUUUCUGACGAGGACUGAGCUGCCCAGCCCUGUCCAGCCCGAGCCUGCAGCACCUGCAGCUGCUGUCAGAGCCAGGAGCUCAGCUGGGACCAGCCCCACAUCCACAGCCUGGACUUUGCAGCUCAACGUGGACUUCUCCAGCUUCUUCUACCAGUUCUGCUUUUGGUACCAAUAAACCCGAGGCCAAGUCAAGGCCAGUACAAACUGCUCAGCAGAGGGAAUAAAACCCCAUUAAAAUCUGCUUUCAAUAGCACAGGGUUCACUUCCAGCUCCUGCUGAGUGGGCUGAGCAAGGGCAGGGUGAGGGUUUGUCCAAGGUUCCCCCUCUCUGCCCCAGCAGCCCCCCCAGAUUCAGCUGUGGGGCCACCCCCAGACCCUCCUGGUGCCCAGAAUGCCUUAAGGACUGCAGAGACUCUGCCAGAGCUUUGCAGCUUCCCUGGAAGCCUUGAUCAGUUCAAGCUGCCCCAAGUGUGCUGCAGAAGGAAACUUUCAAUUAAAGUUUCUUGGGUUAGGGACGUGCAGGCAUGAAGGAAUAAAGAAAGGCAGAAUUGAUAAUGUAGGAAACACUGCCCAGGUGAGAACUGCACCACUUUAACUGUAAAAAAAAAAAAAAAUCACUUUGUAGAAGACUUUAACUUACCUGUCAUUCCCAAAGAGAAAGGAAUUCCCUUUCUCUCCUGGCUCUAACUUGGCUGCCUUCUGCCAGCUGGGAGCCAAGCCCGGAUGGGAUUCCAGGCAGGAAUGUGGAAAGGAAGAACAGAGACUGCUUGGGUAAAGCCAGGUACCAUCUGUAAAUUAAGUGUUUUUCUUUUUUAUUUAAAUUGAUUGCUGGAAAGCAUUUUUAUCGUGAUGUGAUGGAUAAUGAAUUUUUUUUUCCUUUUUUUACAAUAUAAAGAAGCUAAAGUACCACCAAAGCUAUUCUGUAAGAAAAAACGGCAGCACGUGCAACGUUUAAACAAAAAACAAACCC